AUAAAAUGAGGAGGAGAGAAAACAUUGCAAAGGAAGGAAAUAAAGAAAAUAAAGUAGAGGAUGUUCUUCUAAAUGGGGGAUGGCUGAAACAUGGGGAGAUCUGUAUUUCACUCUUCUUUGUGGAGGCUGUCCUGGGACUGCUAAUGGAGAGAGGCUAUUGACAAGGGCCUGGGGUGACAGGACAAGGGGGAAUAAGUUUCCACUGAGGGUUUAGAUGGUAUUUUGGGAAGAAAGUCUUCCCUGUGAGGGUGGUGAGGCCCUGGCACAGGUUGCCCAGAGAAGCUGUGACUGCACAAUCCCUGCAAGUGUCCAAGGCCAGGUUGGACAGGGCUCAGAGCAACCUGGGACAGUGGAAGGUGGCCCUGCCCGUGGCAGGGAUUUGGAAUGAGAUGAGCUUUAAGGUCCCUUCCAACCCCAACCAUUCUAGGACUUCAUGAUCUGUGUGCCUCCCCUGUUGGCUUGACAGCCUGAGUGAUUAUUUGGUAAGAAAAUGAGAAGUUUCUCUUGCACAUGAGGUUUAUAAUACUGGGGAGGAUUUGUUGCUUAGAGGGUUGCCAAGCUUGGAUGAAUGGAAAAGUGGGAGUGAUGGAAGUGGGAGCAGUGUGCCUUUUAGGAAGGUGCAGCCCAACAAUUACAUCAGGAAAGGCUUUGCAGAGACCACUGUGGGUGCAAAAGGAAUAACUCUUUGUCCUUUGACCAUUCCAGCAGUAUCUGUCAAAGCAGCAGCCUUCAGUGGGGCACUGUGCAUGGAACUGCUCCUGCUAUGCUCUGACUAGAUGAAGGUGGGCUUCCUGAAAUGCCUUCGCCGAAUGGAAUAAACAGCUCCUAUCCUGCACUUAACAGCUCUUGCAGUAAUGCUGACAGAAAUAGUUGACAAGUCUUCCCAUGUGGAUGCUUUUUCACAGUCUCAGCUGACUGUUCAAGAGAGGGAUCAUCUGGGCUCUAACAGAGUCUUCCAUCAGAGAGUCAGUCGUGUCCUUUCCCUCCCACAUCUGGAAGGUCAAGUGAAGCAUGGUCUGGCUGCAGACACUGCAAACCCUCCACCCUUUGAGAGCAGCCUGCCUCAAAUAGCAAAUAAGAGUGUGCAGAGUGUCCUCCCCUCUCUUCAGGAAAAUGGAAGUCAAGGCAAUUUUCCCCAAUUUAACCUUCCAGACAGUCUUUCUGAGAGUGAUACCAGAGUCCACACAAAACCAUCUGAACUGGAGAGCACCAGCAUCGGGGUCAAACUGCCUAUGACAGCUUCAGAAGCCUUGAAAAAUUUUAGAAACCAGUUAACAGUCUAUGAGCAAAAAGAAAUUUUCAAUUAUACAGAGCUCUGGUUUCUUGGCCUGGAAGCUAAAAAGAUUGAAGGUUUGCCUGAAACCCAGAAUAAUAAUUGUUAUGAUGAUGAGCAUGGUUCCUACUUAAAGGUUUUACAUGACCACAUUGCUUACCGCUAUGAAGUCUUGGAGGUCAUUGGGAAAGGGUCUUUUGGGCAGGUGGCCAAAUGCCUGGAUCACAAAACCAAUGAGUUAGUGGCAUUGAAAAUAAUAAGAAAUAAGAAAAGAUUUCACAGCCAGGCUUUGGUAGAAGUGAAGAUCCUUGAUGCUCUGCUGAAGAAAGACAAAGAUGAUACUCACAAUAUCAUCCACAUGAAGGAAUACUUCUACUUUCGCAAUCACUUCUGUAUCUCCUUUGAACUGCUCGGAAUAAAUUUGUAUGAGCUGAUCAAAAAGAACAAUUUCCAAGGCUUCAGUCUGUCUUUGAUUCGCCACUUCACUCGGGGUGUGCUGAGGUGUUUGCAAGUGCUCUACCAGGAAAAAAUCAUUCACUGUGAUCUGAAGCCUGAGAACAUACUAUUAUACCACAAUGGCCAAGGUUCAGUCAAAGUUAUUGAUUUUGGAUCAAGCUGCUAUGAAGACCAAAGAGUGUACACCUAUGUUCAGAGCCGCUUUUAUCGCUCCCCUGAGGUGAUUCUUGGUCAUCCUUAUGCUAUGGCUGUUGAUAUGUGGAGCUUAGGCUGUAUCAUAGCAGAGCUUUACACAGGCUACCCGCUCUUCCCGGGGGAAAAUGAAUCUGACCAGCUGGCCUGCAUCAUGGAGGUAUUGGGUCUUCCACCAGCUGAUUUUAUCCAGGCAGCUUCAAGGAGGAGAACAUUCUUUGAUUCCAAAGGUUUUCCUAAAUAUGUAACUAACAGCAAGGGGAAAAAGAGAUGCCCAGACUCCAAGGAUCUAAGCACAGUGCUGAACACCCAUGAUGCUGGUUUCUUGGACUUUUUGAAAGGAUGCUUAAUGUGGGAGCCUUCCCUGCGCAUGACUCCCGAUGAAGCAAUGAAACACGCAUGGAUCCAGGAGCCAAAAAUAUUCCGGAAAACACAGGCUCCAAGGAAGAUGAGUGAUGGCUCAUUCUCUGCACUGGAAAAUAGAAGAGAGACUAUUCAGAAUCUCUGGAAAAAUGCGGCUGACAAAGUAAGAAGUGAACUGGCCGACAGACUGACUCCCUUCACAGGCACAGCAGAAAGUGAUGUGCAGAACACAAGGAAGCAUGCUAUUCCAGAGAAAUACUUGGAAAACCUCAUGGAAAAGCCUAUGAUAUACGAUGAAGCAGAAGACAGUGGUGAAAGAGCUCUUCCAAAAACUUCUCUUUUUUUUCCACCAAUUAAGUAACACGGAGCACAAGCUAUGAUUGGCUCGGUUGCAUACCUAGUAUAUUUUGUAGGUAUUAUUUGUACUCAGGAAUAUAAGCUAUAUCUGUCUGUUCAUGGGCUGUGCACAUUGUAAGUAUAUUUCAUGUUCUUUUUACCCUGAAAUCAUCUAGUCAACCAAAACAGAAUUUGAGAACCAUUCCUUUUCCUCAUCUACAUCCUUGUGAUCAGAGGUUCUUCACAACCAGCAGCAAUAAAAUGGAGACUGUAGAGGUGGAGAGUGGCUUAUUCUUGGUGUUAUAAUAGACUUGUGAAUUUUAUACUUUUCUGGAUCUAAAAGAACAGAUGUGUUGACUGAAGAAUCUGAAUCCUUUUACUUACAGUGGCAUAAGUAAGGAAUAAUUCAUGGAUAAGAUGACUGGAUUUACUUAUGUAUAAAAAAAAAUAAGAGCAAUCAAACCCAGCAUCCUCAUUUUCCUCCUUCUCCAUCUUCCUCUUUAUAUAGUGAAGUGCUGGAUGGAAACCAUUGUCACACCUUCCUAGCAGAUUUAGAAAUGUAAAUUAUGCUCUUCAGCUCUCUAGCAACAACAAAGCAG